AUGGCAUUUUUUUGUGGUAGUUCCAAAUCAAAAGAUGAUGUUUAUCGUAAUAAUGAUUUAGACAAACGAAUAAAACAAUGUAAACAAGGUGAAAUGGAUUUAUCUUCAAUGAAUUUAACUGAUGAUGAUAUUCAAAUUAUUGUUGAUAAAGUUAUUAAAAAAACUAAAUGUACAUCUUUAUCAUUAUCAAAAAAUCAAAUAACAUCAGAUGGUAUUCGAGUACUUUGUGAAUCAAUUAAAAAAAAUAAAAAUUUAACACAUUUAACAUUAUCAUCAAAUCCAAUUGGUGAUGAAGGAAUUAAAUAUAUCAAUGAUUUAAUUAUUAAUAGUCCUUUUAUUGUUCAACUAUCAUUAGCUGAUACUAAUUUAACUAAUAAUGGAAUUAUAACUUUUACUAAAGUACUUACUGGAAAAGGUUUAGCAUUAAGAGGUAUUGAUCUUCGAUCAAAUAAAUCUAUUACAGAUUCAUCUGUCGAAUAUUUUCUUCAAAUGACUGAUAAAAAUGAAACAUUAUCAACUUGUAGAUUAGGUGAUUGUGGAUUUUCACAAGAUGGAAAAGAUAGACUUAAAGACGCAAAAGUUAUUAAAUGCUAA